AGCUUUUGUGAUGUUGAGUCGAUUCUCGCCUCUCUCUCUCUCCCUCCCUCUCAUGGUGAAGGUCACCCUUCUUUAUUGGAAUGUUUACGCAUGCUGACUGUGACGAUGUAAGCAGCAUUUCUGCUGCUGACCUCGCACAACGCCUUGUUGAGCAUUCUUCGCGGCGAAGGUCAGCGCACCCGAGCGCCACGCACGGUGCGGUGGUACGUGAAGCACUGCCAGGGCGUGUGAAGGCGCUUAUUUGGGACACGAAGACAUCCGGUGGUGCUGCCCCUCGCAGCGCCCUGUUGCGCGGCGACGUUGUGAGGGUAGACGCGGAGGACACCGGUGCCGUCUUGUUGUCCUUGUCGCUCUCCACGGACGUCAAGUUUCGCUUUGCGCAAGCGCGGCAGAGACGGCUGCUGGCUGUCCUCUCCGCGAGGUCUGCCUCCUCGUCGCUUCACCUGAGUGCCGUGGACGCGGCACACUUUUACUGGAUGGACGAGUGCGCGCCAAGCGUCUUUCACAGCGGAUACGAAGGCGCCUUUGUUUUACAGAAACGCCUUCUGCGCUGGGCACUACGCGCGUUCGCACAAAAUCCAUUGCUAAAGAACAUUCCCAUGCAGAGCAUUGAGAUGGCGUUUCCCGCCCUGCUUGCCUACGCGCCGCGUGAACGCGAGGAAGUGGUCAAGCAAGCCGCUGAGAUGCUUGGUCGGGGCACCAUGAUUUGGUACGGGGGAACCCUAAUUAAACAAUUCCACGACAGUUCCUCUCUCCUCCUUUUUCCGCUGCUGUCACCGCGGGAGGAGCGCUGCGCAGCUGCCUUGCUGUUUGCGCUCGCAAACACACACCAGAUAAUGCCAAAUCAACUCGUUGAGGCUUCUCAUGCCGCCCGAUAUCUGGUGGAGACGUACGGGACUGGACACGUUGCACUGUCAUCCGGACUCACGCAAUCACUCCUAACGGUGGCGUCGGCGCUGACGACGCUUUAUCCCAACACGGUGACGACAGGGAAGACGAUGCAGGACGUUUGCGCGGGGUGCCUCUCACUCCUGGUGCAGGCCAGCGCGGAGAACGUGGCGUCGUUCAUCUCCAGCGGCGAAGCAAAUCCGCCACCGAAAGUGAGGGGGCUACUGUCGCAGAUGCGGGACUUGGUGCGGCAGACGAUGUGCCGAAGCGAACGCCUGCUCCUCCGAAACGAAAGCGCCGGGAACGCUCAAAAAGAGGCGGAAGAGGACGUCAAUGCUUUCUUCGCCGACACCGCCGUCCUCAAAGUUCACCGCAGCACGCUCCGCUCUCUUCUUGCUGCGGGGGUGGACACGCAGCUCCCCAUGUCAGCGGCGACGUCCAGCGAGUGCGCGUCGCGCCUGCGUCUUCUGGAAUGGGGGCCGAAGUGGUGGACGUCGGACACGGCAACGCGGCACGCAAAGGCAGAGGCAGGAGAGACAGAACUGAAGAUUGACGCCAAGACGGCGGCGGCGGCCAUGCGUGAGUCGGUGGCGGGAGACCACGCCUUGCUGGCUGUCAUCCAGCGUACACGAAAGCGUCGCCGCAGCGACGGUGUGUGGCUGGCCUCCCAAGCGGUCCAGACAGCAUUGGAAGAGGCGGGCAUUCGCCUGAAGCGCCGUACGUUUCUGCAGCUGAUGGACACGCUGGCGUUGCGCGACGGUCAUAAAAACAGCGUCGAUGCGGCAACGCAGUUCCUGCAGCAGCAGCACGUAGACGCGCUACUUAUCCACCGCUUUACAGCAUCGUUCACCGCGAUGCAGGACAAGUAA